AUGGGUGACCUCAACAGUCCACCUACUGAUUUGACGAUAAAUAAUGAUGACGAAAUAAAAACGACUCCAAAUCUGAAUAACAUAAAUCUUCAAACAAUACCGAUGAAAAAAAUUAUAUUUCAAAAAAUUAAAAGAUUUAUGGAAAUAAUGAAUUAUUUUCGACUAUUUUUUGCGUUAACUCUUUAUAUCUUAAUUUUAAUCGAUUUAAUUAGUACGCAACAAAAUAAAGAAAAGUAUCCUUGGAUUGAAAUUUUAUUGCAGGUUGUCAACGCCGAGUUCACGUUACUUACUUUAAUAGAGCAUCCAAAACGACUAAAAAAUUUGUUAAGAGCAAUUCGAAUUUGGGCGGCAAAUCACAGAGCAAAAAGUUCUUCAAGAAUUAAAAAAUUCAGCGAGCCUGAUGGUUUCUCUGAUUCAAUACCUCAAACAGAUAUUCAUUCAACAUCUAACCCAGAAAAAUUGGUAAUAGCUGUAAAAGUUUCAUUAGAGCUUCCAUCACCCAUAAAAACCUUACAAAAACUUGUAUCACAAAGUUAUGGGUGGUAUUUGUAUGAUGUCGAAGAUAAUUCAUUGAUUUGCUCACCAACAAAGUUAUUAAGUAUCUUAGUUACUUGGAAUAUUGGAAGCUUAGCGCAAUAUGGAAUUUGUGCAAUCUUAUGGUUAAUAAUACCAAUGAAUCGUCCAUAUAUUCCAUAUUUAACAUUAACAAUAAUAUCUAUAUUUUGUGAACUUGUUCCAAUUCCCGUGGUGGUCGUUCAAUCAAAACGUGCAUUGUUUGCCAAACGAUCAGUAAUGGAUAAUUCUGAAAAAUCUACUCAUAGCCAUGUUUAG